AUGUCUCCAGAUUUUAAAGAUGAACACAAAGGAAAUGUUUCCGAAGUGGAAAUAAUAAAUGAGCAAGAGUUCAAAUCAAAUUAUGACUCUGGUAUUGGAGAAGAGUUGGAAUACGUUGACCUUCCAGAAUCACUUCAACAUUACACCCAAGAAGAAUUGAAACAAUUAGACAAGAAAACCACCAGAAAAAUCGAUCUUAGAAUGAUGCCAAUGUUAAUUUACAUCUAUAUCUUAAACUAUUUAGAUCGUAGUAAUAUCGCUGCUGCUCGUUUGGGUUUCUUGGAAGAAGAUUUAGGAUUGGUUGGUAAUCAAUACCAAACUUGUGUCUCUAUUUUAUUCGUUGGAUAUAUUUUAUUCCAAAUUCCAUCAAAUAUGUUAUUAAACAAAAUUGGUAAGCCUUCCCUUUACAUUUCCGUAAUUAUGACAUUAUGGGGUGUGAUCUCAACCUGUACUGGUGCUGUUCAAAGUUACGGUGGUCUUUUGGCAGUAAGAAUAUUGCUUGGUACUAUUGAAGCUGGUUUCUUCGCCGGUGCAUUAUGUACACUUUCAAAUUGGUAUGACAAAAAGAGUCUUUCCCUCCGUAAUUGUAUUCUUUAUUCCGGUUCUUUAAUGAGUAGCGCUUGGAGUGGUUUAAUUGCUGCAGGGAUUAUUGACAAUAUGGAUCAUGUAGGAGGAUUGAGAUCAUGGAGAUAUUUAUUCUUGAUCGAAGGUGCUAUUACUGUUGCAUCCGUUCCAUUUGCAUACAUAAUUUUGCCAGACAACCCUUCAAAUACCAAGUUCUUAAAUCAGGAAGAAAAAGAUAUUGUUCAAUGGAAAUUGAGAAGAGAUAUUGGAACUUCUGAUUCUGAUGUUGAAGCUAAAGAAUCAAGCUGGACUGGAUUCUUACUUGCGGUUAAGGAUAUCAAGGUAUGGUUAGUUACUUUAAUUUUGACAUUCUUGGUUGCAGCUUGUGGUGUUACUAAUUUCUUCCCUUCUGUUGUCCAAACAUUGAAUUUCAACAAAACAACCACUUUAUGUUUAACUGCACCUCCAUAUUGUAUUGCAGUCGUUGCAACAUUUUUAUGGGCAAGACAUGCUGAUAAGACAGGAGAAAGAUACUUCCAUGUUGUUAUCCCAUUAAUUAGUGCUUUGGCUUCCUUUAUUAUUGCCGCAUCUACAUUAAACGUUGGUGCCCGUUACUUUGCUAUGUGUCUCAUGAUUCCUUCGUUGUAUUGUGCUUUCAUUGUCAUUUUGACUUGGAUGUCUAACUGUUGUCCAAGACCUCCAGCUAAAAGAGCUGUCGCUAUUGCUCUUAUGAACUGUAUUUCAAACUCCACCUCAAUCUGGAAUGCUUAUUUAUAUCCUUCAAGUAGUGCUCCAAGGUACUUUAUUGCCUUUGUUUGUAAUUGUGCUUUCAUUUUGGUUGCUAUUAUCUUUGCCACUAUAUUAAGAUUUAGAUUGAAGGUCUUAAAUAAAAGAAUAGCCGAAGGAACUAUCGACUGGCAAAAGGAAUUGGGUAAAGGUAAUGAUGCUAGUAAGAUUGAUCCUGAUUUCAGAUUUCUCCAUUAG